AUGACUUCAAAGCAAUCACAAGAAUUAAUGUUCGAUAUCGAGGCUACUUCUCAAAGUAUUCUGGAUCAAGUAGAUGCUUAUCUACAAGAAGCUCAUUUCAAGCACAGUAGUAAUAUUAGCCAUGUCACACAUGAUACUAAUGGAGAUAGGUCAAGUCAUACUGCAACCCCUCAUGAUGAUGAAAUAAUUAAUGAUUCCUACGAAAAGAACGACAGUAUUGUAGCAAAUACUUUUAAUGACUCAGGAAAUAAUAGCAACAGAAAUAACAAUAAUAAUAAUCUCCAUCAGCAGCAGCAACAGCACCAUCAUCACCACAAUCAUAUGACUAUUCCUGGGAGUGGUCCAGGCUACGUAUCUGGUUCUGGCUCUGGUUCGGAGUCAAUAAAGGCAAAGUCUUGGAGUCCAAAGGAAACUACCAACGUAUACUUAGACUCAAAUGAAUACAAUUUGUUAAAUCACGAGCAUGUUAAUAAAAACAACCAAGAUGUAGGUUAUAUCACUAACGAUAUGAUCUUUUCCCCAGUAAUUAUACCAAACCAAGCCAAUGGUAACUCUACAAAUAAUAACCAGUCGCUACAUGUAUCACCUUAUAUGAACCCAAUGGCUCCAAGAUCUUCUUCAUAUAAUGCAAAUAGUGGAUUAGUCGAUAUGAACGCUAAUACUCCAUUUUUACGUGCUAAUAACAGAAAGAAUAGUGGGGCUACUGGCAUAAGGCGAAAGCAUAGCAAUGGUAACUUUUCUCCAUUGACUUCCCCAGCGAUGACUCCAUUAUCUUCAGGCAAGGUAGUUAAAAGCAGUCCUCGUAUUAGUGGAAUGAAUUCUACAUCAAAUUCAAGACGUUCUUAUGUCGAACAAUUGAGAAAUAAUACAGUCAAGGAAAAUUUAGAUAAUGGGAACAGUACGGAAAAUGCUAAUGGUUGGGAAGAUUUCUUAUUUAAAUUACCUGACAGUAGUAUCGGCAAUGAUAAUACAGAUUUCUUGGACCUCAAAGUCGAAAAUUCAAUGAAACCAACUAGUUUAGUAGCGGACUAUCCAAAAGUAAUAUUACCAUCGCAUUCUAACAAUUCACAAGAAGACGGUUUAAAAGAAAACAAACAUGAUGACAAUAACAAUUAUAAAAAUGAUAUUAAUAGCAAUGGUAAUCAUAUUAGAAGUAACAUAGAUAUACCAGGUCAAGAAAUCAUUGACUAUCCAAUAUCAAAUCGUUUAUCUAAGCAUGAUUUGAAUGAUGAAAAUGCUAAUGAUAAUGACGACAAUAUGAGAAAUGACUCCGGAACUGGUAAAGUUUUAAGGGCCACCGAAUCGCCAGUAAUUAGACCAAGGGCGUCACACAUUACAAAUUGGAAAACUAGAAAGCUAUCUCAAACUAAAACUGAUAUCAACAACAUCAAAGGUAAUAUAAAUAAUCGCAAUUCUACUAUUAGUGGUAGUUCAAGUAGUUCAAAUAUUUCCACUAUUAGUGCAGAUAAGAAAGGUCAUAAGGGCUCUUUAUCUAAUGAAUUUGAAAGUGAAGAUGCAUUUGUAGAUAAUGAGAAUGGAUUAACCAAAGUGAAAACAAAAGAGGAAGAAGAUAUUAUUAAAAAGAAUGUCCAUAAAGUUGCUGAGCAAGGACGCCGUAAUAGGUUGAAUAAUGCAUUGAAUGAUUUAAAAUUAUUAAUACCUAAAGAACUAAGAGAUACUGUGGAAAUACCCUCAAAAGCUACUACGGUUGAAUUGGCAUGUAAGUAUAUCAGGCAAUUACUUGCAGAUAGAGAAGGAGGAUAA